AAAAAUAUGGCCACAAAAAGUCAUUAUCUCUGCCUUGCCUUUGCUCACUCUUUCUCUCUUCUUCAAAAUCUGAACUGGAUAACGUUUUAGCAACACUAAGAAGAGAAGCGAAUAAACUUGCCAGUUUCCAUCAGUUUCUAGUCUCAUCUCAGUUUAGCCAGCUCUUUAGCCUUGUCAGCCGAGCCCUAGCCUUUGGAUGCAUAAACCAACAGAUGGUCUUAUAGAAGCUGAAAGGAUCAAGGAUGACAUUAAGACCAUUAGUCUCAGUACAAAAUGUAACCCACAAUCCCCCAAUAUUCACUUGCUGCAUAAAACCAGCCUUUCAGUCCAAGGGUCAUAUGCCCCUCAAGGUCCUGAGGUCUAAUAUAAGUAGAAGAAUAGGAGCAAUAGCAGCAGUGGCAACAAUUGUAUUGGUAAAGGAAGCAAUGUUUAGUCAAGAUAAUGCAAAUGGACUAGAAUUCAGGUUUGCAACUCCUGAUCGAAGAUCAGUUGAAGAAGCUGAGAGUGGAGUCAGAGACUACGCACAAUCUUUGUUGCAACUGAAAGAUCUGUUAGGGUCACAAUCUUGGAAAGAAGCACAGAAAGUGCUUAGAAGGCGCUCUUCAAACUUGAAGUUGGAUCUUUAUACUGUAAUCGAAAGCAAACCUGGAAAGGACAGGACUCAACUGAGGACCCUGUAUUCCAAUCUCUUUAACAAUGUAACCAAACUAGACUAUGCAGUAAGGGAGAAAGAUGUUUCACUUGUGUGGCAAUGCUACGAAAAUAUUGUUGCGGCCUUUGAUCAUAUCUUGUCUAGGAUAUGAUCUCCAAAUGCUGCUUGCCCUACCUCCCUGUUGAUCGAAGAAGCUGAGAUCAAACCUUAUGACCGGAACUCGGUGUAUGAUGUCGUGGCCCUUUUACCUUUUACAUUGAUAAGAACUUCAGCCAUUUUUCAGUGCAUGGUUUCAUUAGCUGGUUUGCAACUAUCAUUUAACCAAAAAAAAUAGAUUCA